AUGGCGGCGCAAAAGGCCGAGAAGAAGCGCAAGCGAAACAGAAAGGCGCGCACUGAAGUCUCCUCCGACUCAUCCUCCUCCGACAACGACUCGCCACCCCAAAGCCCAGCCAGAACCCCAGCGGUGCCCACCGAUACAACCAAGCAACAGCCCGACCAAACCGCGACCAAUGCCACCUCUCCUCCCACAGCUCCCCAAAACCCAGAGAAUUCACCCCCACCACCACCACCCCAACAAAAGUCUUUGAGCCCAGAGCAAGCCUUCGAAGACUUCUACCUCCGCCAAGCCACGAAGGAAUUCUCCAAUGACCUGGAUAAGCUUCGCUCAGCGCCGGAUUUCAAGGCGAGUAGUGUCGAGGUGUUGAUUGAGGCGUUGAGGCAGGGGAGGGCGUGUUUUGGUGCUGAGGAGAGGGGGAGGAUUGGGGAGGGGAUGGUUGGGGGGCGAUGA